AUGCUUCGAUCUGGGUUAUGUCGACUGCAGCAAGUAAUGAAAGCAGCUGCUGGGUCUGCAGUAAAAUGUCAAACUUUCUCCAGAAAUUUCCAUGCAGCGCAAGCAAUGUUUGCGGCCAAAGUACAGCACCCUGCUCCCAACUUCAAGGGAAUGGCAGUUGUGAAUGGAGAUUUUAAGGAAAUUCAACUUUCAGACUAUAAGGGAAAAUAUUUAGUGCUAUUCUUCUACCCCCUUGACUUCACGUUUGUGUGUCCCACAGAAAUCAUUGCCUUCAGUGACAACAUUAAAAAAUUCCUGGAUAUAAAUGCCGAGGUUGUUGGAGUUUCUACUGAUUCCCAUUUCAGCCAUCUUGCUUGGAUUAACACACCCAGAAAGCAAGGAGGUUUGGGUAAACUAGAUUAUCCUCUCUUAUCAGACUUCAAUAAAAAAAUUUCUGCUGAUUAUGGUGUUUUAGUGGAGGCUGCUGGAAUUGCUCUCAGGGGUCUUUUCAUCAUUGACCCAACUGGAACUGUAAGACAAAUCACCAUCAAUGAUCUUCCUGUGGGCCGAUCAGUAGAUGAAACUUUACGCUUAAUUCAGGCUUUCCAGUUUGUGGAGAAACAUGGUGAAGUGUGUCCUGCUAACUGGCAACCCAAGGGAGAAACCAUUAAGCCAAGCAUUGAAGGCUCAAAAGAAUACUUUGAAAAAGUUAAUUGA